CUUACACGACUGUGUCAACUAUAUUGAAGAAAAGUCGAGUAUCUAAUUUUACCUCUUGUUACCAUGGCCACGAAAGUGUUCAUCAUCAGUGCUGUUGUGGUUGCCAUGUCUAUUGCUAUAGUGAAUGCCUGCUCAUCUUCGUCGGGUCGAACCCCUGCAUGGGACGUGGGCGACAACGCUGAAGUGUACCCAACAUACGACCCUGCCACUGAAUCAGUCGGCGUCGGUGUUACUAUCAGGUUCAAGAGAGGCGCCGCUGCCAUGCCCCGUAACGCCGUGCCAGACCCAGAACAGGUGUUCAAUAAAUUAAACAUGGACAAGAACUCUUUCAUUGAAGUUCAAGAAUGGAAACGUCAGAAGGGAAGCAUCUCGAAUUUCGCAGAGAUGUUGGAAGCUAUCGACAUUGACGGGGAUGAACGGAUCUCAUUAGACGAGUUCAAGCUGUUGAAAUUAUACUACAAGACUACACAGGGACAAUAGUUGAUCCGAAAAAGUGGAAGUUGAUCUAUUACAUAUAUUCAAGAGAUUAUCGUGUACUUACCGGCCGUAGCACUGCUUUAGUUUAAUAAAAUCAACACUGCAACCUGUCAUUGCCGUGACAGCGUAUCAUCUCGAGUUGCAUGGUUUCAUACUAUUUCGUAAAACUUUACUUUGUGAAUGAACACAUGUAUUUAUAUUCAGAAUUAGUGUUGAAGUGGGUUUACAAUUAUAGUAAUUAUAAACUUCUAAAUCGACAUGCAAUAACCGAGUUAUACCAAGAACAUCUGGCUGGAUAGCUGUGUAAAAUAAUAAAUACAUCAUGCAUUGUCAUUUGCACGCAUUGUUGUUUGCGCAUGAAUAAUUCAACAUCUAUCGCUCCACGUUGAAUACAUUAUAAUUGGAAUAAGGUAAUUUGCAUUGAUCAUCCAAACGAGUCUAUUGACAAUUUUCAUAUGAAUGUACAGUUUAAACCAUGGUCACAGGACCACGAGUGUCGCAAUUUGUAUCAGACGAGAAAAUAAAAUUAUUUUGUUGAAAUUGU